CGGAGGCGGGGUGUGUUUUAAUGCAAUGGUCAUAAAGUAAAACACUAAUGUACGCUUUUCAACGACACGUACUGAUGUUGUGUUGAAAUCUUCAUUUGCGCGUUAUGGAUAUAAAGACGAGCAUUGUCACGUGACUUUAUGAUGGAACGUAUCGUCGCUUUAAACGAAAACAACAGAAGAGCAAAGUCGCAAUAGGAUCUGCCAGCCUAUUUUUACUCUCAGUACUUGUUCUCCAUCAUGGGCCGACUAGACGACGCCGCAAAGCGCAAGGUAGUGGAGCUGCGGGAAGCCGGUUUAAGUUUCCGUAAAAUAAAAGCUGUGCUGGAGCUGGAGAACAUCAAGGUGUCGGCGCAGGCCAUCUACCUGUUCCUGAAGGAGUUUCAAGGCAGAGCCCACAAGGAGGAUGGAGCAGCUGGGAACAGCAGUCACAUCGUGCCGGUUUCGAUGCCGGGUGGCUCUGAGACCCGGACGGGCAGCUGGAGCGACCAGCAGCUUAGAAACCUCCUCAGAGAAGCUUCUAGAGUCGCCGCUUCCCAGCUGGCUGGAUCCUCAGCCAAUCCGAGAGUGGGACAGCCAUCUGGGACGGGUCCAGCAGGUUCCCAGGGUGCGGAUAAAGACGAGGACAUCAGGAUUGUCAGUGUCACCUCUUUGGCACAGGGCACGCAGCAUGCUGGUGUUCAAGGGCAGCGUUCGGGAGUGGGAACGGGAGCGAUGGGCGCCGCUGCCGCUGCUGCAGCUGCUUUUAUACGAAAACGCCACACACCCUCUCCUGCAAACCCUAUGCUGGUGGCCCGCAAACGACUCCUGGAUAAAGCUUUACUCCAUAGAGCGAGGGUACGAGACAGCGGCCCUCAGAGUGGCCAGCCGGUGUCUGUGUCGGUGAGACGAGAUCAGUCCUGUUUCUCUACCUCUGAUGGGAGAAAACUGGUGUUACCGCAGUCAGCUUCAUAUGACCUCACUACAGCCAGACCUCCAAACAUGAGAGCAUUACAUCAAGGAGCCAGUCCACACAGGAGGUGGAUGCACCAGCGGGUGGGUGUUCCUGUCCGCGUUCCUCAAAACCCUCCUCGUGUUGGCAUCCGCCUCCCUGAGCCAUCCACCUCUGCGGCGACAUCCCAAAACACAGCCGCCCCUGCUCGAGUCCAGAACAUGAGCAACCAGCCUUCACCUCCUCCUCCUCCUGCCCAGAGAAACGUCCUGGAGGCUGGAGCCGUGAGCAGCCUGCAGGAGCAGAUCCAGCUGCUGGGCAAUGAGCUGAGAAGUUUGGGACUGGCGCUGAGGAUGAUGGUGGACCAUCAAGGCCGACUGGAAAGGGAACAAGCACAGCAAACUCAAGUCCAGAAGCAGAUCCUCAGCACACUGCAGGACCUCGCGACCAAAUUUGACCCUCUGCAGCCCACAUCUGCUCCAGCAUCCUGUUCGAUGGCCUCAUCUACAGUCUUCAGCCAGGCUCCGACCAAUCAGAGUGUGUAUGCUCAGUGCAGUCAAGCCCAGACGCGCUACAACGAGAUCCACGACUCCGGACUGGAAGGCAUCGAAGUGUUUUCUCUGGACCAGCUCAGCCCGACUGCCAUGAACGGGUUUCAGUCGUGCCCGACCUCCAGCGGGCCUCCGUUCACCCAUGCACAGGUGCGCACGCCAACAUUCACGCAGACGCAAACAUUCGCGUCCAGCACUCUGCCGUUUACGCAGACCCACACAGACUCCUUUAUCGGUAUGGAUGGUAAAACCGUAGACCUGGCCUCCACCAGUGCGGACGGCUCGUUUCAGGCCUGUAGUCCGGCUAACCAGACCUCGAGUCUUCCAGUUUCACCGCACGAUUCUGAGCUGAAUAUUAUCAAAGUGGAAAAUGUGUGAAAUGUGUGACUGAAAUCUAGAGCUGUGGUGACAAAAAAACUUUCAAGAAAUCAAUUCAAAGAUUUUCUAAAUCAUUAUUGUCUCUUGAAUUGAUUUUGAACUUAGUUUUAAACAGCAGAAGGCGCUCUAGCAUAGAUUUUAUCAGCAGAUGGUGCUCUAGGCUAGUUUUUAAUAGCAGGUGGCGCUCUAAGCUAGUUUGUAACAGCAGAUGGCGCUCUAGGCUAGUCUUUUUUAAACAGCAGACAACCCACUAGGCUAUUUUUUAACAACAGACAGUGCCCGACUAUUUUUUUAAAAGCAAAUGGUGCUCUCUAGAGUAUUUUUUUAACAACAGAUGGCACUCUAAGCUAGUUUUCAACAGCUGAUGGUGCACUAGGCUAGUUUUUAACAGCCAAUGGUGCUCUCUAGGCUAGAUUUUGACAGCAGAUUGAGCUUUAUGCUAGUGUAUAACAGCUGAUGGCACGCUAGGCUAGUUAUUAACAGUAGAUGACACUCUAGGCUAGUUUUUGACAGCAGAUGGUGCCCUAGGCUAGUUUUUGACAGCAGAUGGCGCUGUAGGCUAGUUUUUACCAGAAGGUGGUGCUCCAGGCUAGUUUUUAACAGCUGAUAGCGCCCUAGGCUAGUAUUUUAACAGCUGAUGGUGCUCUAGGCUAGUUUUUAACAGCUGAUAGCACCCUAGGUUAGUAUUUUAACAACUGAUGGUGCUCUAGGCUAGUUUUUAACAGCUGAUAGCACCCUAGGUUAGUAUUUUAACAACUGAUGGUGCUCUAGGCUAGUUUUUAACAGCUGAUAGCACCCUAGGUUAGUAUUUUAACAACUGAUGGUGCUCUGGGCUAGUUUUUAACAGCUGAUUGUACCCUAGGCUAGUAUUUUAACAGCUGGUGGUGCUCUAGGCUAGUUUUUAACAGCUGAUAGCACCCUAGGCUAGUAUUUUAACAGCUGGUGGUGCUCUAGGCUAGUUUUUAACAGCUGAUAGCACCUUAGGCUAGUAUUUUAACAGCUGGUGGUGCUCUAGGCUAGUUUUUAACAGCUGAUAGCACCCUAGGUUAGUAUUUUAACAACUGAUGGUGCUCUAGGCUAGUUUUUAACAGCUGAUUGCACCCUAGGCUAGUAUUUUAACAGCUGGUGGUGCUCUAGGCUAGUUUUUAACAGCUGAUUGCACCCUAGGCUAGUAUUUUAACAGCUGGUGGUGCUCUAGGCUAGUUUUUAACAGCUGAUAGCACCCUAGGCUAGUAUUUUAACAGCUGGUGGUGCUCUAGGCUAGUUUUUAACAGCUGAUAGCACCCUAGGUUAGUAUUUUAACAGCUGGUGGUGCUCUAGGCUAGUUUUUAACAGCUGAUAGCACCCUAGGCUAGUAUUUUAACAGCUGGUGGUGCUCUAGGCUAGUUUUUAACAGCUGAUAGCACCCUAGGCUAGUAUUUUAACAGCUGGUGGUGCUCUUGGCUAGUUUUUAACAGCUGAUGCCGAUCUAUACUAGUUAUUUUUUAACAGCAGACAGUGCUUUGCUAUUUUAUAGCAGUUGAUGGCGCUCUAGGCCGGUUUUUGACAGCAGACGGCGUUCUACACUGGUUUUAUUUAACAGCAGACAGUGCUCUAUGCUACUUUUUAGCAGCUGAUUGUACUCUAGGCUAGUUUUUUAACAGCAGACAGUUGUCUAGGCUAGUUUUUAACAUCAGAUUGAGUUCUAGGCUAAUUUAUAAAAGCUGAUGGUGCUCUAGGCUAGCUUUCAACAGGAAAUGACACUGUAUAAACAUCUGUAAUCUACUCACCUCCAUUUCCGUACACGACUUGAACCUAAAAUUGGAAUUGAAUUAAAAGUGUGUUUAUAGUGAGCUGUUUACAAUAAUCUUGUAACUUAAAGUUAAGUUACAGGAUUGAGCUGAACACACAAGCGUUCUUCCUUGAGAGCGUUUGGGUGUACAGUUUAUAUCUAUCCUAGAGUCCCACCCGCUGUUAAAAACUAGCCUAGACCACUCUCUGCUGUUAAAAACUAGCCUACAGGGGCAUCAGCAGUUGAAAACUAGCCUAGAGCACUUAUUAAAACUAGGCUAGAGCACCAUCUGCUGGUAAAGUCCAUGUGAAUCCGAAGUAACUGAGACUUAUGUUGAGCUAGGGGGCUUUCUUGUUGCACAUCAUUUUCUCAUAGCAAACUUACAGUUAGAGGAGUGUGGCUAAGAAUAUUGUGGCUGAUGCAUCAAACUGAUGUCAACAGAGAAGGACCGCCAAUCCAAACACAGAAGCACAUGGUAAGACUUGAUUGAAGGUUAUCAAAACAUUUUUUUUUUCAGUGGAUUAACUUAAGAAUUAACUGGUCACCUAAAGAAUAACAACGUGCACUAGCAAAAUUAACAUUGUCUUUAAAGACUAGCCUAGAGCGCCAUCUGCUGUUAAAAACUAGCCUAAAGCUAGAUUCAAAAGACAUUAGUGGAGCAUUUUGAAAGUCUCUGAAUGGAUUUCUUGAAUAUUUUUUUUUUUUUUUUUCGCCACAGCUCUUCUGAAAUCUGAAUUUCAGUGGCCAAAUCCAUUGGCCUACAGUGUAUUUUAUUGUAUAGAACUCCUGUAGCUUCCUAGAGAAACUUAUAUGAAGUAUAAAAAAAAGUUUCCCUUUGUUUUUCAUUUAUUUAAUUGUAUACUGUAAUUUUGCCUUUUUUUAUAGGAAAUAAAUAUCAUAGUAGACAUAGU